ACGGAACUGGCAAGCAUAGAAGGAAGCUGAACUACAUAUCCCAGCAUGCGUUAUUAAGCAUCUGGCUUGCACAAAGGUCUCAAGUUGUUGCUCGUGCAGGAAUCUGGAAUACGCCAUCCAGUCACUACUCUAAAAUUAAACUGCAGGUUCCAUUAUGGGUCGACUUGAUGGGAAGCUCAUCGUCCUGACAGCCGCUGCCCAGGGGAUUGGUCAGGCAGCUGCCUUAGCUUUUGCAAGAGAAGGUGCCAAAGUCAUAGCCACAGAUAUCAAUGCAUCCAAACUUCAAGAACUGGAAAAGUACCCAGGUAUUCAAACACGUGUUCUUGAUGUCACAAAGAAGAAACAAAUUGAAGAGUUUGCCAAUGAAGUUGAAAGACUUGAUGUUCUCUUUAAUGUUGCUGGUUUUGUCCAUCACGGCACCAUCCUGGACUGUGAGGAGAAAGACUGGGAUUUCUCCAUGAAUCUCAACGUCCGCAGCAUGUACCUGAUGAUCAAGGCAUUCCUUCCCAAAAUGCUUGCUCAGAGGUCUGGAAAUAUUAUCAACAUGUCCUCUGUGGCUUCCAGCAUCAAAGGAGUCGUGAACAGAUGUGUGUACAGCACAACCAAGGCUGCUGUGAUCGGCCUCACAAAGUCCGUGGCUGCCGACUUCAUCCAGCAGGGGAUCAGGUGCAACUGUGUGUGCCCAGGAACGGUUGAUACCCCAUCUCUGCAAGAGAGAAUACAAGCCAAUCCAAAUCCUGAAGAGGCAUUGAGUGAUUUUCUGAAAAGACAGAAGACGGGAAGAUUUGCAACUGCCGAAGAGGUAGCCCUGCUCUGCGUCUAUUUGGCUUCUGAUGAAUCUGCCUAUGUAACAGGUAACCCUGUCAUCAUUGACGGAGGUUGGAGCUUGUGAUUUCAGGAUCUCCUUGCUGGGAAAGCAGACUCUUGCAAACUACGGUGGACACAGAUAUGAAGAAAACUUAUUGAUCAUCUCUUUCCUAUUAAGAGCAUUUGAAUCACCUCUCCAAAGAGUAGUCAUGAAAAAAAGCCUUUUCAUUCACUGCUCACAAGAGUCUGACUCUUUAAAUAUAUUAAUCUUUUUCUGCCCCUUCUAAAAUCAUUGUAGGUAGAUGAAGUAAAAGAUAUUGAAUUCACAUGAGAAUAGUUUUAAAAAUAAACCUCAACUUGUAAGCAUAUGAUAUUAAAAUGUGAAUGUGACAGAAAAAGAUUUUUUUUUAGGAAAAAGACUAUUUUUACUUUAUUUCUAUUUUCCAAUACUCAAAAUAUUUUGUACAAGUGUGCAGUAAGUGCAUAUGGGAAUCCUAUUUUGAAAAUUUUACAGUUAUAAAUGAACACCUAAGGUUUGACUUCAAUAACUUGGAGUAAAUGUUUACAUUUCUUAACUCAGAAACAUAUUGUUGAUCUGUUACAUAAUAGAAAAAUAAUCAAGUAUUUGUACUCAAUGAAUGUCAUCACUUACAAAUAAGCACUAUUUUCUUAGUCUAGCUAAACAAUCUUUAUUAAAAUAGGCAAUGAUAUUUGACAUGGGCCGAAGACAUAUAGUUAACUAAAUGGACAUAUUGUCAGUUUGGGGGAUAUUUUCUAGGUUAAAAAUAAAUAAGUCCCAGGAUAACAGACCAUAAGACAUGAAAUCUGGAAAUAGUUUCUGGAUAAAUGCAAGUAUACCAUAUAACAGGGAAAAAAAUGAAACAUUCUUAGAGUUAUAUAAUUAAAGAAAAUAAAAUUUUCAAGAAAAAGUUUAAGUAAAUUCAUGGAUCAUAAUUCUAUAAUCAAUUUUUAGGCAGAAUUUGUUUUUUUUAAAUUCUAGUUUGGGGGUUUCAUGUUUGCAUUUUGUUUAUCUGUUGCUACCUCAAAAGACAAAGUGGUAUGGUGGACAAACAGAUCUACUACAUAAAUGAGCAGUAUUUCUUAGCCUUUUCUCCAAGAAUCUUAAUUAAUAUAGCAAGGAAAACUUUGAAAUGGAAAUGAAAGGAUAACAUUCAAGUAUGAGAAAGAAUAUUAUACAUUGAUGAAGAGGAGUUAAAAUUCACAAUGAAGGAUAUUUUAGCCAGCAUUUCAGAGGAGUCCUUGAUUGUAAGAUUUGGUUUGGGGUUAUAAGACCAGCUAUUUCACUACUGGAUCAUGAUAGCUUGAUUUGUGACUUGGACAAAGUCACCUAAAUUAGUUUUCUGGUUUAUGAUAUUAGAGUUAGGCUAAAUGACCUGGGUUUCUUUUGGUGUAUAAUCAAGAUGCAGUUACUUCUUAUCAAAGAAUUUAUGCAACAUUGAGCUUAUAAAUAUGUCAUCAAGUUCCUUAUGCUCUGAGCAGGUAUACAUGUAUAUGUA